AUUUAGUGGAAUAGAAGAUGAGCUCAACUGAAUUCAGUGAAGAUGUAGAAGAAGUUCUGAAGAAUAAUGCUGUGAAAGUGGAGACAGAGGCGGAAGAUGCUGCCUUGGACUGCUCAGUGAACUCCAGGUCUUCCGAGAAGCACCCUCUGGACAGUGUGUUCACUGCCCUCCAGGACUCCAGCAAGCGGAAGCAGCUGGGCAGUGAUGGGCAGCCAGACCCCAUCGCCAGUGUGAAGAGGAGGCGGCUGAUACCCGAGGCACUGCUGGCAGGCAUGAGGAACCGGGAGAACAGCUCACCCUCCCUGGGUAAUGGAGAGCAGGCUGGCAGGGGCAAGAACGUGGGCGCUGUGUGGCUGGGUGAGGAGGACUCCUGCAAUGACAUGACCACCCCUUCCUACAAGAAGCCUCUGUACGGCAUCUCCCACAAGAUCAUGGAGAAGAAGAACCUUCCAGUGGGGGACCUGCUCAGCACCUAUGAGCUCUUCGAGAAGGUAAAUGCCAGCAACAGCCCCUCCCCACUGCGCCUUCUGAAUGAGUCACAGAAGCGGGAUGGUGGCAGUGCCACAGCAACCACCGACGGCGACCCCAACAUCUAUUUUCUGAUCCAGAAGAUGUUCUACAUGCUCAACACCCUCACCUCCAACAUGUCCCAGCUGCACAGCAAGAUGGAUGUGCUCUCGCUGGAGGUGAGCCGUAUCAAGAAGCAGGUGAGCCCCACUGAGAUGGUGGCCAAGUUCCAGCCGCCCCCUGAGUACCAGCUCACAGCCGCUGAGCUCAAGCAGCUCGUGGACCAGAGCUUGUCGGGUGGUGACUUGGCCUGCCGCCUGCUGGUGCAGCUCUUCCCUGAGCUCUUCAGCGAUGUAGACUUCUCCCGCGCCUGCAGCGCCUGCGGCUUUGCCAAGCGGAAGCUGGAAUCGCUACACCUGCAGCUCAUUCGCAACUACGUGGAGGUCUACUAUCCCUCAGUGAAGGACACGGCUGUGUGGCAGGCUGAAUGCUUGCCCCAGCUGAAUGACUUCUUCAGCCGCUUCUGGGCCCAGCGGGAAAUGGAGGGCAGCCAGCCGACUGGCCAGGUCUCCAGCUUCUUCGAAGCUGAGCAGGUAGAUGCUGGCCACUUCCUGGACAACAAAGACCAGGAGGAGGCUCUGUCUCUGGACCGGAGCAGCACCAUCGCCUCGGACCACGUGGUGGACACGCAGGACCUCACCGAGUUCCUGGAUGAGGCCUCGUCACCUGGGGAGUUUGCUGUUUUCCUUCUGCACCGGCUUUUCCCCGAGCUCUUUGACCACCGGAAGCUGGGAGAGCAGUACAGCUGCUACGGGGAUGGUGGCAAGCAGGAGCUGGACCCGCAGCGGCUUCAGGUCAUCCGCAACUACACGGAGAUCUACUUCCCUGACAUGCAGGAGGAGGAGGCCUGGCUGCAGCAGUGCGCGCAGCGCAUCAACGAUGAGCUUGAGGGCCUGGGGCUGGACGGGGGCAGUGAGGGUGAGCCCCUGCGCGACGACUGCUACGACUCCUCCAGCCUGCCCGACGACAUCUCCGUGGUCAAGGUGGAGGACAGCUUUGAGGGGGAGCGCCCUGGCAGGCGGUCUAAGAAGAUCUGGCUGGUGCCCAUCGAUUUUGACAAGCUGGACAUCCCGCAGCCCGACUUUGAGGUGCCGGGAGCCGACUGCCUGCUUAGCAAGGAGCAGCUGCGCGGCAUCUACGAGAGCAGCCUGUCCAUCGGCAACUUCGCCUCCCGCCUGCUCGUGCACCUCUUCCCCGAGCUCUUCACCCACGAGAACCUGCGUAAGCAGUACAACUGCAGUGGCUCCCUGGGCAAGAAGCAGUUGGAUCCGUCCCGCAUCAAGCUCAUUCGCCACUACGUGCAGUUGCUCUACCCACGGGCCAAAAACGACCGUGUCUGGACUCUGGAGUUCGUGGGCAAGCUGGAUGAGCGCUGCCGACGCCGGGACACGGAGCAGAGGCGCUCCUACCAGCAGCAGCGCAAGGUCCACGUGCCGGGCCCUGAGUGCAGAGACCUCACAAGCUAUGCCAUUAAUCCCGAGCGGUUCCGAGAGGAGUUUGAGGGGCCCCCGUUGCCCCCUGAGAGGAGCAGCAAGGACUUCUGCAAGAUCCCCUUGGAUGAGCUGGUGGUCCCCUCGCCCGACUUCCCGGUGCCUUCACCAUACCUGCUGUCAGACAAGGAGGUGAGGGAGAUCGUGCAGCAGAGCCUCUCUGUGGGCAACUUUGCCGCCCGGCUCCUCGUCAGGCUCUUCCCCGAACUCUUCACUGCCGAGAACCUCCGGCUGCAGUACAACCACUCCGGGGCUUGCAACAAGAAGCAGCUGGACCCCACGCGGCUGAGGCUUAUCCGCCACUACGUGGAGGCAGUCUACCCGGUGGAGAAGAUGGAGGAGGUGUGGCACUACGAAUGUAUCCCAAGCAUUGAUGAGCGGUGUCGUCGCCCCAACAGAAAGAAAUGUGACAUCUUGAAGAAAGCCAAGAAAGUGGAGAAGUGACAGGCCUAUGGGGCAUCAUAGGACGAACAGCGGGCACCCUGGGGACUGAACAUUAUUUCUGAGCACGUGUAUGGUAUCCACGGACA